AUUUAGCAAAGUAUAUAUAAAGUAAUGUAGGCUCGCUCUUCGAGUUAAAUUAUUUAGGAUUCCAAAAUAAACUAUUAAUCGAAGUACGCAACACUUUUAUCUUUAUGGCAAUGACAAAAAAAUUGGGUCAUGGACUAAUAGGGCUACCAACUAAUUCACUAACCAGACAUAGCAACGGCGGCGACGACAACGGCCAUGGAGGAGAACCAGCGCCGCGGCUACCCCGAUCCUAUUCGCCCCGGCCACACCCGCAUCGGUUGGAUCGGCCCCGGUAUCAUGGGCGCUCCCAUGGCCGCCCGCCUCAUCUCCGCCGGCUACCGCCUCACCGUCUACGCCCGCACCCCCUCGAAGGCUGCCCACCUCCUCCGCCUCGGCGCCGCCCUCGCCCCCUCCCCCGCCGACGCUGCCCGGUCCGCUGACGUCGUCUUCACCAUCGUCAGCCGCACCUCGGACGUCCGCUCCGUCCUUCUCCACCCCUCCUCCGGCGCCCUCGCUUCCCUCCCCACCGGCGGCGUCCUCGUCGACUGCACCACCUGCGACCCCGCCCUCGCCCGAGAGGUCGCCGCCGCCGCACGCGCCAGGGGCUGCUGGUCCGUCGACGCACCGGUUUCUGGCGCCGACGCGGGCGCUCGUGAGGGGCGGCUCGCGAUCUUCGCCGGCGGCGAGGAGGCCGUGGUGCGGUGGCUUGCGCCCCUUUUCGACCUUCUAGGGCGCGCGACGUGGUUGGGGCCUUCCGGGUGCGGGCAGAGCGCUAAGUUGGCGAACCAGGUGGUGGGGGCGGGCAGCCUCAUGGGCCUGAGCGAGGCGGCUCUGUUCGCGGAGAGGGCAGGGCUCGGCGUGGCGGAGUUCGUGGGGGCGGUGAGGGGCGGCGUGGCGGGGACCAACAUAAUGGAAAUCUUCGGGGAGCGGGUGGCCGGGAGAGACUUCGCCCCGGGCGGGUUCGCGGAGUACUACGUGAAGGAUUUGGAGAUGGCGCUGGAGGACGCGGGCGUUAAGGCAGGAGCAGGAGAACAGGGGAGGAUGUCGGUGGCCGCGGCCCUGCCGGGGACGGCGCUGUGCCGGCAGCUGUACUUGGGGAUGAUCGCGAACGGGGACCACAAGAUGGGGUUGCACGGCCUCAUCACCGUCCUCGAAAGGAUGAACGGAAAGCGUGAGGGGAACUAAGGAUUUGCAAUUUAUCGCUUACGAAUUUAAGAUUUCGUGUUGUCAAUGUUAAAUUUGGUGCUCAAUCGCAUUUUAAGUUUGGCAAAGUUAAUGAUCUUCCAAAUUAUGAGAGUAAAUGCAAUUCUUUAAAACUUCAAUGGCUAAAGAGGAAGCACGACAAAAACAAACCUCGGGGCUGAAGU